UCCGUGGGUUCUUCUCCGCCAUCGCUUGGAGCUCCUCAGUCAACCGUCCACCAUGUCCAUGGGGCUGGAGAUCGGUGGUGUGGCCUUGUCGGUGCUAGGUUGGUUGUGCAGCAUCAUCUGUUGCGCGUUGCCCAUGUGGAGGGUCACGGCCUUCAUCGGCAACAACAUCGUCACGGCCCAGAUCAUCUGGGAAGGGCUUUGGAUGAACUGCGUGGUGCAGAGCACAGGGCAGAUGCAGUGCAAGGUCUACGACUCCAUGUUGGCGCUGCCGCAGGACCUGCAAGCCGCCCGUGCCCUCCUGGUGGUGGCCAUCGUCUUGGCCAUCCUGGGCUUAAUGGUGGCCAUCGUGGGCGCCCAGUGCACGCGCUGUGUGGAGGAUGAGAGCACCAAAGCCAAGAUCACCAUCGUCUCCGGCGUCAUCUUCCUCCUCUCCGGUGUCAUGACCCUCAUCCCUGUCUGCUGGUCGGCCAACACCAUCAUCCGGGAUUUCUACAACCCGCUGGUGCUGGAUGCGCAGAAGAGGGAGCUGGGCACCUCGCUCUACGUGGGCUGGGCAGCCUCUGCCCUCCUGCUGCUGGGGGGGUCCCUGCUCUGCUGCUCCUGCCCCCCCAAAGAG